UUUUGUUGUUUGUCAACCGCCAAUAAAACCUCAAAAGAAGAAGAAGAAGAGCUGCAAGCUUUUUCUUUUGGGUCGUUGCGUCUUGCGUUAUAAUAAUAGUCGACAGAACAUAAUAGAAAAUAACGCCAUUCUAUUGGUAAAUUACGGGGAUUUCAAUUAAAGCCAGCUAAAAACAGAACCAGUGUUUUAUUAGUGAUAGUUAAGGCUGCAGCGCGAUGGCGAGCCGUAACCUCCAGCAGGUGAAUAAUCCCAACAGCGCUAACGCUGCAUCUCCGCAGCCGCAGAAUGUGAACUCUCCAGCGGAUCCCAGCGAGGUCACGGAGACCGCCGCUCCGCCGCCGCGGGACCGGAGCCCCGCCGACACCGAGCCGCACGAGAUGACCGUGAACCUGAAGAACUUCCGGAGACCCGGGGAGAAAACAUUCACGCAGCGGUGCAGACUCUUUGUCGGUAAUCUCCCGUCGGAUAUGACGGAGGACGAUUUCAAGAAGAUGUUUUCCAAAUACGGCGAAGCAAAGGAGGUUUUCAUCAACCGAGACCGAGGAUUCGGCUUCAUUCGGCUGGAAACAAGGACGCUUGCAGAGAUUGCCAAGGCUGAGCUAGACGGCACGAUGCUGGGGAACAGGCCCAUCCGUAUUCGUUUUGCCACACAUGGGGCCGCGCUCACAGUCCGAAACCUGUCUCCAGUGGUGUCCAAUGAGCUACUGGAGCAGGCCUUCUCACAGUUCGGCCCGGUUGAGCGGGCAGUUAUGGUGGUUGAUGACCGAGGACGAGCCACAGGCAAAGGGAUUGUGGAGUUUGCCAAUAAGCCUGCUGCCCGGAAAGCCUUGGACCGCUGUACAGAUGGAGCCCUUCUGCUUACAAUGUCUCCUCGUCCAGUCAUUAUUGAGCCAACAGAACAGUUUGAUGAUGAAGAUGGGCUACCAGAAAAGCUGUUGCAAAAAUCAGCACAGUAUCAUAAGGAAAGGGAGCAGCAGCCACGCUUUGCUCAGCCAGGAACCUUUGAGUUUGAGUACUCCUCGCGCUGGAAGGCUUUGGAUGAGAUGGAGAAACAGCAGAGGGAACAAGUGGAACGCAACAUACAAGAGGCAAAGGAGAAACUGGAGGCUGAAAUGGAGGCUGCCAAACAUGAGCAUCAACUCAUGAUGAUGAGACAAGAUCUCAUGAGACGUCAAGAGGAGCUGCGGCGCUUAGAGGAGCUCAGGAAUCAGGAGCUGCAGAAACGCAAGCAGAUUGAGAUGAGGCAUGAGGAAGAGAGACGCAGACGUGAGGAGGAUAUGAUCCGUCAUAGAGAGCAGCUUGACGUGAGACGCCAGCCAGAGGGAUUCAAGCCCAGCUUCAUGGAGAGUAGAGAACAGGAGAUGAGAAUGAAUGAAAUGGGAAGCCGUGGAGCCAUUAAUAUGGGAGAUUCAUUUAACCCUGUCGCUGCGGUUAGCAGUAACCCUUCACAGAUGGGCUUAGCAGGCCGAGUUGGAGCCAUGGGGCCUGAAGGAUCAUCAAAUAUGGGGACUCCCCUAAUUCCAGAUAAUGGAGUGAUGCAUAAUGAUCGGUUUUCUGAAGGAUCGCCUCUUCAGAUGGGUUCGUCUGUGGCUGGGCGAUCUGGUGUUGACUCUCCUCAGCAGCAGCAGGUGGUUGGGGCAGGACCUGUUCCUGGUGUGGCUGGCCAAAGUGGCUUUACGAGAGGAAGCCCAGUGGGGGGAAACUUUGAUGGGCCUAAUAACAAACGACGUAGAUACUAGUAUUUCUUUUCUCUGGUAAUUGUGCUUACACGUGUUCAGGUUGAAGCAGCUUGACUCAUGAUUACUGAUAUAUUCUCUUUCUCAUUGCUUUUUUCUGAAGCAGCAUUUAUGUCUAACAUGGACAGAAAUUGCAUGAGUCUGGCCCUGUGUUAAUGUGAAACACUGUCAUAAAUUAUUAAAUGUCAUUGAAUCAACUUGUACGUAACAAAAUAUCCUAAGCCAUUUGUAGAUUACUUACUACUACCAUAGUUAUGUUUCCUUUUUUAGUUAAAUACUUGGUUAAGCCAUGUUUUUUUUAAAGAAUGUUCAGAAGUUUUCUGCUUUCUGUUUUAGAAUGUCAGUCCUUUGAAUAAAAAUGUUUUAAGAUAACUGCAUUAGUGUUUGAGUCACAGAUUUGAAAUAGAUUUCCCAGUUGUCACUAUUGAGUAACAUCAUUCCACUUGAUCAAGUCAUGCGUCUGAUGGCAGCAGCAUCUUCCACUAAUUGUGCCGGGCAGUGAUGCACUGGGAAGUAGUUGUAUUCUGUUUAAAUAGCCUUAAACACAAAGAACUGGGUAAUGCUGAUCUUCUGGAGCACAGAGAAGGUCUUUGUAGUGUGGAACAUGCAGAUGAAGGAACCUUGAAGGUGAACGUUCUGAAGUUGGUGCUGAGGGCCCUGACAAUAUGAAACAUGCAGAUGUUCCUUGAAGAGAAGGUUUGUUUGUGAAGGGCAUAUGCUGUUGUUGUUGCUGCGGUCAUUGUUUCCAAACUCCCCGAAGUUUCACCUUUCCUGAGCAGAAGGGAUUUGCAAAUGAGCAAACAUGGUCUUUGAACAUCUAGAGCACAACAGCUCUUUCCAGAAUGUUGAAGCAUUCUUGGAGGCUCUCAUCCAGACCUCACAGGUAUGAUUUCAUGAAUAAGAUGACAAGCAUUCUUUUGUGUGGAGAAAAAAAGGAAAAAAAUAAAUCAA